AUGGCCGACUUCAAGCUGUCCGCGCAAUUGGUCGGCCACGAAUCCGAUGUUCGAGCCGCGAGCUUCCCCUCUCCCGAUACCGUCUUAACCGCCUCUCGCGAUAGCAGUGUCCGCAUAUGGCGUCGCACCCAAGCAUCUCCUCCAAAUUUUGACGCAAAUCUCCUGAGCCGCGGCUCCGAAUAUGUCAACUCCCUUUCCUUCUUCCCACCGUCGAACGAUCAUCCAGACGGCUAUGUUGUCUCUGGUGGCAAAGAUACCAUCAUCGAAGUCAAGUCUCCCAAGGCAACCAGCUCCGACAACGCCGAGCGCCUUCUGGUCGGCCAUGCCCACAACGUCUGUACCAUAGACGUUUCUCCUAACGGCACAUACCUGGUAUCUGGUGGUUGGGAUGGUCAAGCGCGUGUAUGGAGCCCCCAGAAAUGGGAGACCGAGUUCAGUCUCAGUGGCCACGAAAGCAUGGCGGUCUGGAGCGUCGUUGCGCUCGAUGAUCACACGGUAGUGACCGGAUGCGCCGACAAGAACAUUCGAAUCUUCGACUUGCGGCAAUCUACCGCUGGAGAAGUGUCGCCCAACUCAACCAUCCAUACACCCGACGUUGUCCGUGCCCUCUGCCGGGUUCCUCAAGACCACCCCAGUGGUGCGGAUAUCGCGAGCGCAAGCAACGAUGGUACCAUCCGCCUGUGGAAGUUGAAUGGCCAGCAAGUCGCCGAACUUCAUGGGCACGAAAGCUUUGUUUAUAGCUUGGCCAGUCUCCCAACUGGCGAACUAGUCAGUUCGGGAGAGGAUCGCACUGUUAGAAUAUGGAGGGGCAACGAGUGUGUGCAGACCAUCACCCACCCCGCCAUCUCCGUAUGGACAGUCGCAGCCAACCCCGAAACCGGAGAUAUUGUUACAGGUGCCAGCGAUAGCAUUGCCCGCGUCUUUACACGAAACCCAGAACGAACUGCCGACGAGGCGACACUCAAGGAGUUUGAGGAGUCUGUGAAGUCGUCAUCAAUCCCUCAGCAACAGGUUGGAGGUGUCAACAAGGAGAAGCUUCCAGGCCCAGACUUCCUAACGUCAAAGUCGGGCACAAAGGAGGGCCAAGUCCAGAUGAUCAAGGAGGAUAACGGCGCUGUGACUGCUCACACCUGGUCAGUGAGCCAACAACAAUGGAUUAAUGUUGGAACAGUCGUCGAUGCUGUUGGCAGCACUGGUAAGAAGGUCGAAUACCAGGGAAAGAUGUACGACUACGUCUUCGAUGUCGAUAUUGAGGACGGCAAGCCUGCUCUCAAGCUUCCUUACAAUCUCUCUGAGAAUCCCUACGAGCGGGCGACCAAGUUCUUGGGUGAUAAUGAGUUGCCUCUCACAUACCUCGACAACGUGGCCAACUUCAUCACCGAAAACACCAAGGGAGCUACGCUGGGCCAGACUGCAGAGUCUGGUGGCCCUGAUCCUUUCGGUACCGAGUCAAGAUACCGACCUGGUGAUGACGCUCAGCCUAAGGUGCUUCCUCAGAAGGACUAUCUCAGCAUUACGGCAGCUAAAUACGAAGCUAUCUUCAACAAGAUAUUCAGCAUUAACAAGAACAUGAUCUCAUCGGGCCGUAAAGAUGCUGCCCUCAACCCAUCAGAUGAAUCCACGCUAUCGGAUCUACGCACUGCGCUUGAAUCGAAUAAGCCUGUUCCCCAAACCGCAAUUCCUCUCCUUGUUCGCAUCCUCACACAAUGGCCUUACUCGGACCGUCUAGCUGGCCUAGAUCUUCUUCGCUGUGUCGUCAAGUAUCCCCUUGUUGCUCAGUUCACCGACCCUUCUGCUGGUUCCCUUCUCGAUCUUGCAUUUGCAGCAUCACUCCCCCAAGGCGAAACUCCCAAUGAAAACGCAGCUAUGAUGGGUCUCCGAACCGUCGCCAACAUCUUCUCCACCGCAAAUGGUCGCUCGGUUGUUAGUGCUCAGUCCGACGAAGCCAUUUCGUUCCUGGAACGUAUCAUUGGUGUAUCUUCAGAGCCCAUCGGCCCCUUCAACCGCAACAUCCUCAUUGCUGCUACCACAGUCGCAAUCAACCUCUCCGUCCUUGUCCAUCGCGAACGCCUUCUGGCCCCGGAGCAGCGUCGCCGUCUCGCCAUCCUCCUCGGCAAGAUCCUCUCUCAGGAUGGUCAAACAGACUCAGAGGUCCUCUACCGUGCCCUCGUGGCGCUCGGCACACUGCUCUCGGCGUCAAAGGCUGAAGCGGCCAAGCUCGGCAUCAAGGGGUGGAUCCAGAGCGCUGUUGGACGCAGCUCUGAGGAACGUGUCAAAUCAGUCGCGGCCGAGUGCGCUAAGGUGGCUCCAUGA